AUGGAGACAGCCCCCACACUGGAGAUGGCCUUGUGUUCCCAGCAGCAGGUAGAAGCAGCUGCUGACCCAGCGGAUGCUGAAGGACCCCAGGAGGCAGACAGCCCCUCUCCGCAGCUCCUGCCCUCUAUUGAAGAGCACCCCAAGAUCUGGCUACCUCGGACCCUGAGACAGACUUACAUCCGGAAAGUUGGGGACACAGUGAAUCUACUAAUCCCAAUCCAGGGCAAGCCCAAACCUCAAACCACCUGGACUCACAAUGGCUCUGCACUGGACAACAGUCGUGUGAGUGUGAGGAACGGGGAGCAGGACUCCAUUCUUUUCAUCAGGGAAGCCCAACGUGCUGAUUCAGGAUGCUACCAACUCUGUGUGCAGCUUGGUGGGCUGCAGGCCACUGCCACCAUCAAUAUCCUGGUGAUUGAGAAGCCAGGCCCUCCUCAGAGUAUUAAGUUGGUGGAUGUUUGGGGCUCCAAUGCUACUCUGGAAUGGACACCUCCACAAGAUACGGGCAAUACAGCACUCCUGGGAUACACGGUGCAGAAGGCUGACAAAAAGUCUGGGCUGUGGUUCACGGUACUGGAGCAUUAUCACCGCACCAGCUGUAUUGUCUCUGACCUCAUCGUUGGCAACUCCUAUGCCUUUCGUGUCUUUGCCGAGAAUCAAUGUGGGCUCAGCGAAACAGCUCCUGUCACAGCUGACCUUGCCUACAUCCAGAAAGCAGAUACUGUUUACAAGACCAAGGGGUUUGCCCAGCGGGACCUCUCAGAAGCCCCCAGGUUCACCCAGCCUCUGGUAGACUGCACUACAAUCACUGGCUACGACACCCAGCUCUUCUGCUGUGUACGUGCCUCUCCCAGGCCCAAGAUCAUCUGGCUAAAGAACAAGAUGGAUCUCCAAGGCAACCCCAAGUACAGAGCCCUCAGCCACCUGGGGAUCUGCUCCCUGGAGAUCCGCAAGCCUAGUCCCUUUGAUGGAGGCAUCUACACUUGCAAGGCCAUCAAUGCCCUGGGGGAGGCAUCCGUGGAUUGUCGGGUGGAUGUUAAAGCUCCUCAUUAAGGCUGCCCUAAGAAGACAGGAAAUUCAAGGAAGGUAAGGAAGGAGGGAAAUGAUGUCUCCAUGGCAAAUGCUAUUGAGUUUGGGAUGGAUAUGAGCCUCAUACUGUAGGUAGGGACACUUCUGCUAAAAGCUUCUGCCUCAGUAUCAUAAGCAGGGUAAGAAACAAAGUAGCUUGUCCAUAUUCUUUUAAACCUUAUACAUUUCUUCCUAUCAACAGAAGAAAAUCAUUUUGGUAAAUGUCAACAAUAAUUUAACAUUCGGGUAUGUGGUUUCCAAGCCACUCAUCACUGGCAAAGAGCCGCUUGGUUCAUUAUCUAGAAAGUGGCAGCUGCUCCAAAUUCCCCAUCAUUCACAGGGGAAAUGCUGUGGAUAAACUGAUGGGUAAGGUAAAAGGAAAGCCCAUGAGAGAAUGACGGAGACCUAGCUCCCAACACUCCCUCUGACUUUCAGCUCCUGGUUGAAGAAAACUGAGCAUGAAUUCGAUCCCCCGAGCCAUUUAUUUAAGCCCAUCAAUGAUACAUAGCAAAUGAAAACCCUACGGGCUGCAUUAAAUGGACAAACUCUCCUCAGGAGAGCUUUCUCUGCCAGCUGGCUUAUAGACAUUUUUCUCCUUCCCCGCCCUCUCUAUCAAUUCCAUGUUGUGUCAGUGUUGAUCUUACUUAUCCUUGGUUCUCUUCUGUCUCCCAGUCUGUUCUCAGAAGCAAAGCAUUGUGGGCAGUGAAUUUAUAGCACUGGACCCGGGGACCAUGAAGAGAGAUGGUCUCAGCACACCCCGGAUGUACGCAGAUUGUCUGCUGUGAUGGCUAUUAACACCCCCUCUCUUUACAGGGCCCCCUGGGAGCAUGACUCUGACAAGACUGUGUUCUCAAGGAGCCUUAGCUGAUUUGGCCUAAAUGAAAUAAACAUAUAGAUCCUCAA